AUGAGGGUGAAUAUCGUCUUCCUCGCAGCCCUGUUCGCCACCAGAACCGUCUCGCAAAUCGUUGGCCUGCCUGCCUGUUCCCAGAGUUGUAUCGGUGGGUUCGCCGGCUGUCAGAACGGCGAUGUCAAUUGCAUCUGCAGCAACAAGCCCUUGAUCGACGACUUGGCGUGUUGUGUGAGCAAACGAUGCAACACCGCCGACCAGGCUGCUGUGAUCGCAUUUGCCAAACUCAUCUGCAAAGGCUCAAAAGUCACCGAUCUCCCACAGACAGCUACUUGUGCUGCCGAUGCUGGACGUGCUAGCAACGCUACAUUAUCGACAACAAGCACGUCUGCUCCAGCUGCAACGAGUGCGUCGGUUGUUGCAACGACCAGCGCAGCCUCACCCGCGCAGACGGGUGCAGCUCCGUUGUACGCUGGCGAGCGAGUGCAUUCUUCGUAG